AUGGAGCACAACUUUGAGCCGUUGAAGAACGACCUGCUGCUGCGGGCGGCAUGGGGACAGACGGUGGAACGACCUCCCAUGUGGGUGAUGCGCCAAGCCGGCCGCUACCUCCCCGAAUACCACGAAGCCAAGGGCACCCGCGACUUCUUCGAGUGCUGCCGCGACGCCGAGGUCGCCUCGACGCUGACCCUGCAGCCGGUCGAGCGCUUCGCCGGCCUGCUGGACGCGGCCAUUAUCUUCUCCGACAUCCUCGUCAUCCCGCAGGCCAUGGGCAUGCAGGUUGAGAUGGUGGACAAGAAGGGCCCGCACUUCCCGAGCCCGCUGCAGGACCCCGAGGACGGGCAGUACGGGCGGGUGCUCGCGGGUGACGUCGACGUCGCCGCCGAGCUGGGCUACGUCUACGAGGCCAUUACCCUUACGCGGAGGAAGCUCGCGGGGCGGGUGCCGCUGAUUGGCUUCUGCGGCGCGCCGUGGACGCUCUUCUGCUACAUGGUUGAGGGAGGCGGCACGAAGCUGUUUGCGCAGAGCAAGAAGUGGAUAUACAAGUACCCCGAGGAGUCGAAGAAGCUGCUGGCCAAGAUUGCGGACGUCUGCGUGGAGCAUCUGGCUCUGCAGGUCAAGGCUGGUGCUCAGCUGGUGAUGGUGUUUGAUUCAUGGGCGGGCGAGCUGGGACCCGCGUCGUUCAAGGAGUUUUCAGAACCCUACCUCGCCCACAUCGCGCAGAAGCUGCCGCAGAAGCUGCAGGAGCUGGGGCUGGACAAGGUGCCCAUGACCGUAUUCCCCAAGGGAGCCUGGUAUGCGCUUGAUUCGGCGUGCAACCUGGGCUACAACGUUGUCGGCAUGGACUGGCUGCAGGACCCUGCCGAGGCUGUGCGGAUCCGAGGCGACAGGAACAUUGUCUUCCAGGGCAACGCCGACCCUGGAGUUUUGUACGGUUCAAAAGCCGCCAUCACCAAGGCUGUGGAGGACAUGGUCAAGGGAUUCUGGGUUGGGAACAAGGGCUGGAUCGCCAACCUGGGUCACGGCAUCACACCGGGGGUCAACCCGGACAACCUGAAAUUCUUCUUUGAGGAGAUUCACCGCCUCACCAAGUCAUGA